UUGACUGCCCUCCUUUACCCAGCCUUACACAACUGCCCUAGCCUCCGCCCACUAAAACCAAUCUUUGUGACAACUCUGACCCAUCCAUCAUUGUGUAUGUCCCCAAUGUGUAUGACAAUGUGUAUGACUGUACAGCCUGUUGCUUGCUCUUGGUGGCCAUAUGAACCACUGCCCAUGUUCUGCAGUUUUACUCUACAACAUUUUUCAUAGAGCACAUCACAUUUGUAUUGUAAGACCAAAAAAAAUCCACUUCUAGUAGAGACCUGCACACAACAUCUCCCAUCCAGGUAGGCUGCUGAUCUGGCCCCAUCAGCUCCAUCCAUACCCUAACUGCAUUAAAUGUAACAUUUUUCCCACAUUUCCCUAAAAUACUUGCUAGCCCUUAUUCUACUGUGAUGAGGCGCCAAGGUUUGUGGUGAGGCCGAAGUUGUAUGUAAGCUGAGGUACUAAGGUUGAAUAAUGAACAGUCACUAUAACAUGUGGGAUACUGGGCUGGCAGUGAUUUUGUUUGUGACACCAAGAGUGUGGUGGUAUUGUGGAUCUGUGGUGAUGAUGGUGGCUGUAGUACUGUGUGAACUCCACUUACUAUGACUCCAAUGAAGCAGUCAUCUGUAUCAGGGCACCAGGAAUUAAAUCCUCAAAUGCCAAGAUUUUGGAUAACCGUUGAAAUUUUACCUGUCCAUCCCUGUAACAGACAGAGGGACCUCAGUUGCUAGUCUGUCACAGAGAUAAGUGCAGAACAGAGGAUAACCUCUACCUUAAUCCAAAAGCUAUAGGGACCGUCAGCAAUGCUAUUUGUCCCUACAGCGCCACUUGAGUUGUGCAUCUAUCUCGGCAGUGGGAUCCAAUAGAGGACUUCGGCUAAGUCUGGAACAGGUUACUCAGUGUUGACCCCCAUUGAAGGUAUGAGGGUAGAAUGUUGAAUUGGGAUCUAAGUGAGGUAAGAGGAGAGCGACACAGGAGCCGGACUAAAUGACUGUUGGGAAUUUCUUCUUCCCUAUCCCAGACGGGUAGGGGGCAACAGAUGUGUGCUGUCCAUCGCUCUAACCAUAUGAGGAAAUCCACCUGCCAGAAUGCAACAAACACUGUGAACUGGGAAGAGUUUUCAUAGCUCAGACAACCUUCUUUACAGUAUUGCACUUGGCAAAGAAUGUAGCAUUAUGGUUGAAGUACAAAAGGGUUUGUUGUCACUGGCAGAAGAAUUAAGAAAAGUAGAAGAUCUGGAUGAAAAUGUGAUUAGAAUAGUAUUACUAGGGUUGGACAAUGCUGGCAAGACAACCAUAUUGACCAAGCUUGCUUUGGAGGACAUCAGUAAUAUUACUCCAACACAGGGUUUCAAUAUAAAAAGUGUCCAGUCUCAAGGUUUGAAGUUAUCAGUCUGGGACAUUGGCGGUCAGAGAACAAUUCGUGCCCACUGGAAGAAAUACCUUGGAAACACAGACUUGCUGAUCUAUGUGGUCGACAGCGCCGAUCGUAAACGAUUUGAGGAAACAGGUCAGGAGCUGGCAGAACUCAUAGAAGAGGACAGUCUACUUGGUGUUCCUCUUCUGGUGUUUGCCAACAAACAAGACUUACUGACUGCUGCUCCUGCUUCGGACAUUGCUGCUGGAUUGAACCUUCACACUUACCGGGACCGUACGUGGCAGAUCCAGGCUUGUUCUGCACUCUCAGGAGAAGGAAUCCAGGAUGGAAUGAACUGGAUAUGUAAAAACAUUGCUGCAAAGAAGAAAUGAAUUAUCCGGUCACAACAGAAAGUGACUAUAUUAAGAAACGACAUGAAUACAGGAUGAAUGUGUGCAUGUUAAAAUAAUAAAUAUGUGACUACAGUACAAUUGUACCUUAUAACAAAUAUAUUCUGUCCACACCAUUCAUCAGUGUCUGUACACGUGAGCUAAAAAGAUGGUUUAAAUCUUUAAGGGGUACUCCCUUUUUUUUUUUAAAUCAACUGGUGCCGGAAAGUUAAUA